AACUACUUAGUACUUACUAUUAGUAUUCCAUUCAACAGUAUAGUGUUUAAAUGAAGUGGUCAUUAAUAUCGGGUCUAGUACUAUCUGCUCUCAUUGUAGUGGUAGAUUGUUAUAGUACCAGUUCCAAUCUUAUACAAGUUGAUGAUAAGACAUUCAAAUCGAUCGUUAUUGAUUCUGGUAAAUAUGUAUUCGUUGAUUUCUAUGCUGAUUGGUGUAGACAUUGUGCAAAAUUAAUGCCUACUAUUGAAGAAUUGGCUGAUUUGUUUGAGCCAUAUCCAGAAAUUCAAAUUGUUAAAAUCAAUGGAGAUAAAGAUGGUAAGAAAAUGGCUAAGAAACAUGUAGAUGUAGGAUUUCCUACAUUAAAAUUGUUUCAUGGAAGUGAUCAACCAAUUGAAUUUGAAGGUAGUCGUGAUUUAGUAUCUUUAAGUAAUUUUAUUCAAUUAGCUUCUGGAAUAAGAAUUGAACAGCAUCAGGAUAUUAAGGAUCAAAAACAACAAAUUUUAAAUAAUUUGGAAAAUGAAGAAUCAGUAGACAAUAUAGUUAAGUUAAAUGAUUUUAAUUUUGAUGAAAAAGUGAUCGAAUCCAAUAUUCCUCACCAUAUUGUUGUUUAUUCAGCUACAUGGUGUAAAUAUUGUCAAGAAGUCAAACCAAUUAUAGAGGCUUUUGCCAAUCGAGUUUUUGCCAAUGAUAAGGAUAUAGUUCAGUUUGGCAUAAUUGAGAAAGAUAUUGAACCAGCUGAAAAAUUAGGUGAUGAUCUUAAUAUUGACUUGAUGCCUACUAUAAUGCAUUUUACUAAAGGUAAUAGAACUCCAACAUAUAUUAAAAGUAGAGAUUAUAAUGGUUUAUUGAAGACAGUCAAUGAGUUGACUGGUAUUUAUAGAAAUGAUGAUGGAAAAUUAUUGGAAAAUGCUGGAAAGAUUGAAGAAUUAGAUGAAUUAAUCCAAAAAAGGUUAGAAGGAGUCAAAUAUAAGACCACAGAAGCAGUUAAUCUUUUGAGUGAAUUAAAGAAUUAUCAAGAUUUUAGUACGAUAGAUUACUAUAAAAAAUUGCUUAAUAAAAUAAUUAAUGGAGAAGAAGAAUUCUUUAAGUUAGAGCUUUCAAGAUUAAACAAUAUUUUAGAAAAAGACAUAAGCAAGUUAAAAGGAUCGACAAUCGAUUCUAUGCAAAGAAGAUCUAAUAUUUUAAAACAAUUUAUUAAUAAAAUUAUUUAGGUAUAUAUGA